CAUCUUGAAUUUCCUUUUCUGUGCUGGGCAGAUUAAUUGUAAUGCGCAGUUAUAUGAACCCUGGUGACAUUUUAGAAACUUGCCUUGCUGGUAAACCCCGCUCUAUAUUUGUCACCAGCUGUCAAACUGCGUUCACAGAAGGAAUGAGGUGUGAAGCUACCGUCAAUGACCGCUCAGAAACGCCUGUUGAAAUCACCAUUUAAAACGAGGAAAAUCUUCAACAAUAAGCUGUUUUCAAAGAGCCAUCAGGAGAGCUUAGCACUCUGUAGUACACCAUUUGCUGAAAUAGUGGAGACCAACACGGAGUUUAACUCAGAGAUUUGUCAGCUGUGAGGGCAAUGGACGUCUGAAAAGGGUGCGUCUUCAGUGAGAUUGUGAUCGAGACCAGUGAUUAAGACUGCACACGGCCUAGAGUCAGGAAUCCGUUUCUGCGAGAUGGACCUGUACAUUUCAGGGGAGAGGCUGGAAGUCAUCGCCGAGGAAGAGACAGACACCGAGCAGGAGCAGGGCUCUGCCGACGAGGCCUCCGGGGAAGUGCAUGGGGAGGACGUCUACAACGUGGACAAGAGGGAGAGGGUUGAUCGUUAUGGGAUGUGGGACAAGGGGGAUGUUGGCCUGGAGCUUCCCACGAAGGAACCCUAUGUCCUGGUGACAGAGAAGAUGGUGGGACCCCCAGUGUCCACCUUCCAGCGCUUCUCUGUGGAAACAAAUGAAUCCUUGCACUUUGAGCCGUACAUACCCUCGGACGAGGACGAACCUGGUCCAGUGAGGCUUUUUGGUGGGAAAAUGGUUGAUGACAAUGAGGUCUUCGAGGAGGAGGUGGGGAGAGAAGGACCAGGUGAAAGCCCAGGUGACUCAAUGGUGGGAAGAGUCAUCAAUGAACAGAGAGUGAUGGAGAGUUGUGAAAGUGGUGAGAGUGAGCCUCUAGAUAUGUUUUGCACUGACUGCAAGAUUCCCAUCCGUGCUUUCCAGAGGCUGUUCGACCCUCACAAAAACCACCAGGUCAUCCUGAUAACCAAAGCUGCUGAGAAAAUUAAGGUAUAUAGAGAUUUGAUGGCUGAUGUUCGUAAUACAAUGCAAAAGCUGGAAGAACAGAUUGCACAGAUGGAGAAUUUUGCUGGCCACUUGGAGGAGAUAUUCAUCACUGUGGAAGAGAACUUCGGAAGGCAGGAGCAGAACCUGGAGCAGCACUACAAUGAUGUGAUUCAGACGCUGACGCAGCGGUACGAUGAGCGGGCAUCAGGAUUGGAGGACGAGAAGAAGCUCAAGCUGGAGUCUCUGUACAGCCAGCUGGUGGACUGUGGGAGGACCCUCGACCUUUCCAAGGACCUCAUUGAGACAGCACAGGAAAUGCACCGCAAUGAAGACAAACUUGCUUUCCUCCAGGUGGUUAUACCCACUAUUGAAAGAAUAAAGGACUUCACCAAGGAGGAGCUGGAUCUCAAGCUGGCCGCUUCCCUCGAAUUCAAGAACUCCACAGUGGAUUUGUCAGAUGUCAAACAAAUGAUGGAGUCAGUCAACAUUGUACCAGCCCCCUCUGCCCCGGUCAUCAACCCUCAAGUUCCUAACUCUGCCAGUAGCACCUCAGUACGUGUUUGCUGGAGCCUCUUUUCAGACGACACUGUGGAGUACUACGAGCUCCACUACAGGCCCGUGCUGGAGGACACCACGGCCGAGGACUCCCAGACUCCUGAGGCAUCAAUGAUAAAGGUGAAGGAGACUUACCGCACCGUGACCGACCUGCUGCCAAACGCUCAGUAUGAGUUCUGGGUGACCGCCACCAACACCACUGGCAUCAGUCCAGCCAGUGAGAAAGCUGUGUAUAUGACUGUCCCAUCUCCACCUGUGGUAAAACCGCGGGAGUGUGCCAGCUGCCCGUCGGGGGCGCUAAUUCGCUGGGACUCGGGGAACACCAACCCAGUUGACUCAUAUACGGUGGAGCUGAGGGAGAUCAGCGAGAAGUGGAGUGACACCGCCAUCACUGAGUCCAUCGUAGCCAUUCCUACCUGUGAAUGCCUGAUCCAGCUGCAGCCGGACAAGCUGUACUCCAUCGCUGUGAGAGCAGUCAACAUUGGCGGGCCCAGUGACAGGAGCAAUAUUGUCACCGUCCGGACCAUAGGCACGUUCUUUCACCUUCUGGAGGACACAGCCCACCCUUGCCUGUCCAUCUCUGAGGAGGGAUUCACCAUAUUCUAUGGCGACAAGCACCUUUCCAUGAGUGACAUGAUCUUCAGUGACAACACGUUUGCCCGAUGUGUAGCAGUGCUAGGUGAGCUGAUCCCUGUCAGAGGAACGCAUUACUGGGAGGUGGAGGUGGAGGACAGCACUGAAUUCAGGAUUGGCGUGGCAUACCAGGACACUCAGAGGAAUGGCUACCUGGGAGGGAACAAUACAUCCUGGUGCAUGAGGCACGUUGUCACGCCCUCCAGACACAAGUAUGAAUUCUUGCACAAUGGCUGGACCCCCGACAUCAGAAUAACCAUCCACCCCCGCCGGAUAGGAGUAGUGCUUGACUAUGACGCUGGGAAACUGUCCUUCUUCAAUGCCGGGCUGUGGCAGCACCUGCACACCUUCGACUGCCACUUCCUGCACUACGUCCAUCCCUGCUUUGCCCUGGAUAACCCCGGAGCACUCACCGUCCGCAAUGGCAUUGAGGCACCCAACUAUGUUCGCUUCAUUUGAGUACCCCUCAAUGCCUGCCUGCCUUGCAUCAGAGUGCAUCAUGAUGAAAGGAAACCACUACCACAAAGGACUACCCAUCUCUAACACAACAGUCAACAUUAUUUUAAAAACACUAAUUAAAAAAAAAGCAAGUUUACACUGUUCUCUGCAGACUUCUGUGUUCAAUAUUCAGGAGAAUUGAACAGUAGCUGUUUCUUGUGAAGCUCUUCAAAAUAAAGAGUGAAG